CGCGUCGCGCUGAAGUUGGCGCGAAGAGAACAGAUUUCGCCGGACGCGGCGCGGCUGACGUUCGCGCUGCCGACGCCGUCGCACGUCUUGGGCUUGCCCGUGGGACAGCACGUCGGGUUGUCGUACGUGGACGCGAAGAGCGGCGAGCGGCACGAGCGACCGUACACGCCGGUGAGCACGGACGAUCAAGAGGGUUCGGUGACGUUUGUGAUUAAGGCGUACAAGCCGUGCGAAAAGUUUCCGCUCGGGGGGAAGGUGAGCCAACACCUCGAUGGGUUGCGCGUCGGUGACUCGUGCGACUUCGAUGGGCCGAAAGGGAUGAAAACGUACGAAGGCGGUGGGGUCUUCGCGAUCAGGCGGUUGCGUUCGCAGGGCGGCGGGUUUGAAAAACGCAAGUGCUCGCGCGUCGGCAUGAUCGCGGGCGGCAGCGGAAUCACGCCCAUGUUGCAAAUCUCGCGCGCUAUUUUAGAUAACGGAGACAAGGUGAAGAUGAAUUUGUUGUUCGCGAACCAAACCGAGGCGGAUAUUUUGUGUCGCGAGGAGAUUGAAUCCGACGUCGCUAAAUACGGCGCCGACAAGUUUAGCGCCGACUACACGCUCGACCGCCCGCCCAAAGCCGGCUGGUCGCACUUCUGCGGUUUCAUCACCAAAGAAAUGAUCGAAAAGACGAUGCCACCGCCGGGGAAGCGCACGCAAAUUUUGAUUUGCGGCCCACCGCCGAUGUUGAAGUUCGCCGUGCUCCCGGCGCUCGAGGAGCUCGGCUAC